UGCGCGGCCGCUCGGGGACCGGCCCGGCGGGUCUCUGGGUUCGGGGCUCGCUCCGGGGAGCCCGCGGCAGCAGCAGCAGGAAGCUCCGCUGGAAGGACACGUAGCCAGGGGGAGAGCAGCGGCCGAGGGGCUCCGGGCCCCCCCGUUCCCUGGGGCGCACCGAGGGCUCUGCCCGGGGGGCCCCGGGUCUCCCCUCCCCGCCGUCCUCCUCCUCCGGGGGCCCCGGGUCUCCCCUGCCCGCGGGGCGCUCCGGGCUGCGCUCUCCCUGCCCGCGCCCAGGGCGCACGGGGCUCCGGCCGCGCCAUGAACCGCUGCGCCGUGCUGGGGCUCUGCCUGCUGGGCUACGCGGGCUACCUGCUGCUGGGCGCGCUGCUGGUCUCCGCCAUCGAGCGCCCCUACGAGAGCCGGCUGCGGGCCGAGCUGCGCUCGCUCAAGGCCGCCUUCCUGCGGGCCAGCCCCUGCCUGAACGAGAGCGCGCUGGAGCGCUUCCUGGAGCGGGUGCUGAGCGCCAACCGCUACGGGGUGUCGGUGCUGCGGAACGGCUCGGCCGGCGCCUCCAGCUGGGACUUCGCCUCCGCCUUCUUCUUCUCCAGCACGCUGGUCACCACCGUGGGCUACGGCUACACCACACCGCUCUCGGACUCCGGCAAGGCCUUCUGCAUCUUCUAUGCCCUGCUGGGGGUGCCCUUCACCAUGCUGGUGCUGACGGCCACGGUGCAGCGCCUGGCCCGGCUCUUCGUCCACCGGCCCCUCGAGUACCUGCAGCUGCGGUCGGGCUACAGCCACCGGGCGCUGGCCCGGGCCCACUUCCUGCUGCUGCUGCUGGCCGUGCUGGUCGCCUUCUUUCUGCUGCCGGCCGCCAUCUUCAGCGCCCUGGAGGAGACCUGGAGCUACCUGGACGCCUUCUACUUCUGCUUCAUCUCGCUGUGCACCAUCGGGCUGGGUGACUACGUGCCGGGCGAGCAGCCCGGCCAGAAGCUGCGGGCGCUCUACAAGGUCUCGGUCACUGACCUUCCACAAGGCGGCCGACCUGCACGGCCUCACCGACCUCUUCCUGCUGCCGGCCGCUCGCUGCGGCGACCAGGAGCCCAUCCUGCAGCCCGAGGGGCCGCCGGAGGAGCCGGCCCAGGGCGAGAAGCCGCCACCUGCCAGCGCCCAGCUCAACACGGGCAGCCGAGCCAACUACGCCUCCAUCAGCCGAUAGCAUCAGCCCUGCCCGCGGAGGGGGCUGCAGAGGGGGCUGCGUUCCCGGGGCAGCUCCCCGCGGGGACCGUGCCGGCGGCUGACGCGGCUCCUGUCCGCAUGUUGCGGGGGGAGCUCGCGCAGGGUUUUAAUAAGCGCGCCCCCGUUUUCAGGGGCCGUUCGCCAGGUUUUAUCGCGGGGCAGGUGGCCGGGACCUGCCCUGUUUCCCAGACUCACCGCCGCCAUGCUGGGGACCCUGGGCCAUGGAGCCGGCUGUGGGGGCCCAGCCUGGGCCAGCCCCCUGGCGCCGCGGGCUCUGGCUGACCGAGGGGGUGAAGGUGACAGGUUGUGUGUGGGGCUGAGCUGGGGCCUGGCCAGGCCUAGUUUGAGUUUUAUAUGUGGGGGGGUGAUUCCAUGCAUGCCUGAGGCUUGGGGGCAAUGCCCCUCCUGCCCCCCAAAACUCUACCCCUCCACCCCCACCAGCUCGGAGCCCCCCUGCAAGGGGCAGCAUGUCAUGGGGCACCCGCAAGGGAGGGAAAAGCCCCUUUCCCUGGGGGGCCCAGCUGUCUGUGCAGCUGUGCCAGAGACCCCAGCCCCAGGAGCGGGGACCCCGGCAGGACCAGCGAGGUGCCGCCUUUGGGGAGGGGAGGGGCGGGGAGGGGCGGGGGGAGGCUUUGUGGUGCUUUGGCAGGAGCCAGAGGGGGCGGGGAGGUGUGCUGGGUUGGGGACCCCGUGUCCCACCCCCCGGGCAUGGGGGGACCCAGCUAUGAUGCGGUGGCAGCCGCUCUGUACCCUUCCCAGCUGGCGGAGCUGCCUGCCCCUCCUGCCCGUGGCUCUGCCCAGCACAGGCCAUAGCCCCAGGCCGUGCUGCCCAGGAGGAGCAGGGGUGGGGGUCCCCCUGCAGGGGGGGAGGGGAGAGGACCCCCCCCGCCCGCACAGCCGCUGGGCUCUGCCAGGAUCCCUUUCAUGCAAACCCUUUAAUGAGCCGGGUUGAACCGUCAUGGGGUCUUGCCUGGCGCUGCUCAGGGAGGGGUCUGGGGCUGCCGCAUGUGCCUGCCCCCCACUGCAGGCAUCUGCCAGGGCCCGCGGCCGGAAGCUGCUGCCCCUCUGUGGCGCCAGGUGCAGGAUGGAGCGUGGCAAGACGGGCACUGCCCAUGGGGGGUGAUGGCCCCUCCCAUGCCGCCAAGAGCUGCCCCUCAGCCCCGCUGGGGUGUCGCGGGGUGUCGCGGGGCAGCGCCCUCUGCCAGCCCGGGAAUCAGCCUAGGGUGGGGGGAGAUGUGGAGCAAACACCCCUGUGUCCCUGGCUCAAGCACUCGCCCCUGGGAAUCCCCCCCCGCCCCCAGGCCUGUGUGUGCCAGCUGUUCCUGGUGGCUGGGAGGGCAAAUGGUCCCCGGGAAAGAUGGGGACCAGGAGUCUGAAUAAACCAUUGCUGGAAGGA